AUGGUCGGGACCACAUUUGCGCUCCUCUGCAUUGCCCAAGGAACCUUGGCCGCUUGUCCGUACAUGCAGGGUGGCCAUGGUUUUCAGGAGCACUCGACGGGGAAUAGAGGAAAGACCUACGUAAAGCGGCAGACCUCCGUGCCCAAUGGCACAACUCCUGUCGACACUUUUCUUGAUCAAUUCACACUCAACGAUACCGACACGUACAUGACCUCGGACGUUGGUGGGCGGAUCCAAGAUCAAGAGAGCUUGAAGGCUGGAGUCAGGGGACCUACACUCCUCGAGGACUUCAUGUUCCGACAGAAGAUCCAGCAUUUUGAUCACGAAAGGGUACCAGAGAGAGCGGUUCACGCGCGAGGGGCAGGAGCCCAUGGUGUCUUUACAAGUUACGCAGACUGGUCAAACAUCACAGCCGCUUCGUUUCUCUCUGCAGCAGGGAAGGAAACUCCCAUGUUUGUCAGAUUUUCCACAGUCGCAGGAAGCAGAGGCAGCCCAGAGGCAGUCCGAGACGUCCACGGAUUUGCCAGUCGCUUCUACACCGACGCAGGAAAUUUUGACAUUAUUGGAAACAACAUCGCUCCAUUUUUCAUCCAGGACGCAAUCCAGUUCCCAGAUCUGAUCCAUGCCGUGAAGCCUGAACCAGACAGGGAAAUUCCACAGGGUGGAACCGCCCACACCACAGCAUGGGAUUUCUUUAGCCAACAGCCUUCCUCUUUGCACACCCUGUUCUGGGCCAUGGCAGGUUAUGGCAUUCCGCGAUCUUUCCGGCACAUGGACGGUUUUGGGGUCCAUACUUACCGUCUGGUGACCGACGAUGGUAAUUCGAAGUUGGUCAAAUGGCACUGGAAGACUUUACAGGGCAAGGCAAGCCUGGUGUGGGAAGAAGCCCAGGUGUUGUCCGGGAAGAACAUCGACUCCCAUAGGCAGGAUUUGUGGGAUGCCAUCGAGGCCGGCCAGUAUCCGGAGUGGGAACUUGGAGUUCAGAUCAUGGAAGAGUCCGACGCGCUCAGUUUCGGGUUUGACCUGCUCGACCCGACAAAGAUCGUGCCAGAGGAAAUCGUGCCAGUCACGAUUCUGGGCAAAAUGACUCUGAACCAGAACCCUCGAAACUACUUUGCCGAAACAGAACAGAUCAUGUUCCAACCAGGUCACAUUGUUCGUGGGAUUGAUUUUACAGAGGAUCCUCUGCUUCAGGGGCGAAUCUUCUCCUAUCUGGAUACUCAACUAAACAGACACGGGGGUCCCAACUUUGAGCAACUACCAAUCAAUCGUCCUCGAGUGCCGAUCCACAACAACAACCGAGACGGAGCUGCUCAGAACUACAUUCCACUCAAUGUCGCCGCCUACACGCCUAGUGACCUCAACAAUGGCUCCCCUAUGCAAGCCAACCAGACCAACGGUAAUGGGUUUUUCACCACGCCAGGCCGGACCGUGGGCGGCAACCUUGUGCGGGCAAAAUCGUCCACCUUUGACGACGUCUGGUCCCAGCCACGGAUGUUUUACAAUUCACUGAUCCCGGCUGAGCAGCAAUUCCUCAUCAACGCGAUGCGCUUCGAGACCUCCCACGUCACUUCUCCGACGGUCAGGCAGAAUGUCAUCACCCAAUUGAACCGUGUCGAUAACGACCUCGCGGUCCGUCUUGCACAGGUCCUGGGCGUCCCAGCCCCGGCGCCCGAUCCCACAUACUAUAACGACAACCGCACGGCCUUUGUGUCGAUCUUCAACUACUCGCUGCCGACAAUUGCGGCGCUGAACGUGGGCAUCCUCGCCAGCGUCUCAUCCCCCAGCUCCAUGGCCCAGGCGACCUCGCUGGCCCAGUUGUUCGCGCAGUCCGGAGCGUUUCCUAUUAUCGUGGGCGAAGUCCUCACCGGCCCCGUCAACCAGACGUACUCCGCCGCCGACGCGAGCGGCUUCGACGGCGUCAUCGUCACCUCGGGCUCCGAAGCUCUCUUCACCACCAACAGCUCCACCUCGGCGCUCUACCCGGCUGCCCGCCCUCUGCAGAUCCUCCUCGAUGCCUACCGCUGGGGCAAACCCGUUGGCGCGCUCGACGCCGCCACGGCAUCGACCGUCUUCGCGACAGCUGCGAUCCCAGCCGGCCCCGGCGUGUAUACCCAGAACUUGACGAACCUGGCCAGCUUCGUGACGGCCUUCGAGGGUGGGCUGAGUACAUUUCGAUUCGUGGACCGCUUCCCGCUGGAUCCGUCCUGA